AUGGUUUCGGCCGACGUGGAAUGCCUGAACUACCAUGGAAAGGGAGCAUCCACCAAGAACGCGAACAUCUCAAUCUGGCUGAUGCUCACGAUAUGGCGUUGCGUUCGCCUAUCACCUCUGUUUUCAAGACCGACAAUUACACUUCCUCCCACUCAUGUGCGCAUGCGGCGUCUGUCUGCUUUUCCCACGGCCAGUCCCAACGUAGCCACCAUCCUGGCGACUCCACCACGACAUGGCGGCCAUCUAAUCACGGUGGAAGGCUCAAUCAGAACUAUUCGAAACCAGAAACAACGCUCAUUCGUUGAACUCGGCGAUGGGUCUACGGCAUAUUCCUUACAAGCUGUGCUAGAUCCUCAAUUGGCUGAAGGGCACGUCCACUUAGGCACGGGGACUUCAGUGGCCAUCACGGGUACAUGGCAGGCUGCUCCACCGCACAAGGAACAACCGUAUGAAUUGAAGGCGAAGGCGGUGAACAUCAUCGGUACAACGGAUGCAGAGAAGUAUCCCAUCCAAAAGAAAUACCAUAGCGCCGAAUACCUCCGAACGAUUCCACAUCUUAGGCUGCGGACUCCGGUGAAUGCACUGCUCGCACGGUUGAGGUCUGAGUGUGACUACCACCUAGCUAGCUAUUUUAGAGAUCGGCAUUUCGUUCGUGUGCAGCCACCCAUCAUAACUUCGUCCGACUGUGAGGGGGCCGGCGAGAUCUUCACGGUAUCUGCAAAGCCAUCUAGUAGCCGAGGGGAAGAUGAGAUUGAGGCUGCAGCGAGGGCGAAGGAUGAAAUGUUCAAGGAUCCAAAGUUCCUGACCGUUUCUUCUCAGCUACACUUGGAAGCUUUCAUACACGAGCAUCAGAAAGUCUGGACAUUGUCUCCAACAUUUCGGGCAGAAAAAAGCGACACUCCGCGACAUGUGGCUGAGUUUUGGAUGCUGGAAGCGGAAAUACGGACCGAAAGCCUAAGAGAUGUCAUGAAUCUGGUUGAAGACAUGAUCCGAGAUCUAGUGGGCAAAUUACAGGAAGCGGGCUUCAUGGAAGAGAUCUUAUAUGCCAAUCGAGGAGCGAAGUCUGCUGACGCUGAAGGCACGCAAUUCCCACAAUUACUUCGCAAACGUUGGCAAGGGCUUAUGCAAUCACCCUGGCCUCGAAUUACCUAUGAAGACGCAAUCAAGCGCCUUGAGGAUGCGGUCGAGUCAGGGAAAGCAACGUUUGUGUACGAGCCAUCCUGGAUCACUGGCUUACAGCUGGAGCAUGAGAAGUUCAUUUCUACAACCUUCGGCCAAGGCAGCCCGGUGUUUGUGACUGACUAUCCUCGGGAGACCAAGCCUUUCUACAUGCUCCCGUCAUCACUGGAGGAUGGUGUUGAACCAACGCAAAACAAAACCGUCGCCUGUUUUGACCUCUUACUGCCUGAGCUAUGUGAAGUAGUUGGAGGAUCAAUGCGUGAACAUCGUCUACAACAACUCUUGAAGUCAAUGCAUAGCCAUGGUCUGAACUUUUCAGCGGCAAGCGGGGUUGGUCAAACCAUAAUGAAUUCUGAUGUGUCGCCUUCCAGUGAGAAGGGCAAUCUCGACUGGUAUGCCGAUCUCCGUCGAUACGGUAGCGUUCCUCAUGGCGGAUUUGGACUCGGUUUCGAUAGGCUAUUGGCUUACCUUUCUGGAAUCAGCAACAUCAAAGAUGUCAGCCUCCAAGGCGCCAAAUGUCAAGGCGGAAUGGGCACAAUGUUGGCGACAAAUCCGCCUACGGAGGAGAAGCGCCUCCUGCUCCUCGGCAUUUCUGACCAACACGAGGGGUGGCCCACUAGAGUAUUAGGUACCGAAGACUCAUGCAAGCCACCACUGAGCGGGAAAGUGGCAACGUUGCGCCAGUUCGUGUUGCAGAACUGGAAGCUUGGCAGUCAUCGCGCAAGUGUUACUCUUCUUGUCUCGAAGAUGGCAAAGUUGAUGGAAAAGGUGUGGGUGCAGACCGUGCCGCGGCUUUGCAUGGAGUGUGAGAAGGAGUGA